CAUGCAACGUAUCUUAGCUGGAGCAGCACUUGGAUUUCUCUCCGGAGCGGCUGCGUACAAGGCAAUCUUUCGCACUCUUGAAUCUAGUGACGAGGAAACUGUGGUAAAAGAUUAUUCCAGUUUCUCUCUAGCAUACGGGCUACCAGAAUUCAACAGCGAUUUGUACCACUACAACAACCACGUGGUGCUCUAUGACAAUGCGAAGAAAGUGCCUGUGUGGGUGGCCGAACAUCUCACACUCGAUAAUCUGAGAGGCACAGCUACAAGGGAACAAUCUCAGUUUCAGUGUGAUGACUAUGUUCCUCGUCUGUUUCGUUCAUCAAAUGAUGACUAUUGGGAUAGUGGAUGGUCACGUGGUCACAUGGUUCCUGCUGGAGACAACAAACACAGCCAGGAGGCCAUGAACGAUACUUUCUAUCUAACAAACAUUGUACCUCAAGACAUUGACAAUAAUGCUUAUUUUUGGUGCAAACUAGAGCGGUACUGUCGUUCUUUGGCAAGAAGGUACAACUUUGUGGAAAUUGUAUCUGGUCCACUGUGGUUACCUUUGACAACAAAUGACGGGAGACGAUUCGUAAAAUAUGAUGUGAUAGGAAAAAAUGAUGUUGCCGUUCCAACCCAUCUCUUCAAGGUGGUAGUGGGAGAAAACGAUGAAGAAAUUGUUAUUGGAGCUUUUGUUGUUCCAAACAAGGACAUACCUGAUGAUAAACAACCAAUUGACUAUCAACGACCAAUUGAUGUAGUGGAGAAAAUGGUCGGUGCAAAAAUGUUUCCACGUUUAGAUAGGAGACAAACAGAGGAUUUGUGUGAAAGAGAUGGAUGCAAACAUCUUGACAGUCCAGAGUUUGAAUUAUCUCUUUUUCAAGGCAUAAUUGAAGGGGCAUACUCAUUGCCUAGGCUAGAAACAGUAUGGAGGAGAGUAAAAAAGAGCCAUCCAUGGUUAGUUGAGAAGUUAAAGGGUGCAUAUCUCAAUAAACGAAAACAAUUUCAACAAAAAUAGGUUGAUUUUGUACACGAGGUGUGUGUUAUCAUUCUGAGAAAGUUGCUUGUUGUGUUAUAUCGGUGUAGUUUUCUAGAACUUGUUGCUACAUUUUGUAGUUUAUCAAUAUGCUGAAAGCAUUUUACUUUAUAUGUGUGUAACAGCUGUAAUGUGAUGUAUGUGCCACAAUUUGCCAAUUGUAUUCAAUAAAUUAUUUUUAUAAAUGUU